UUGACCUCAUCAACAGUUUCUCAAUCAUCUGCCGGACCUUGGGAAAAGCUGUCCCGUGUCGCUGUCCUGGGUGCUGAAUACGACUCUCCUGAACGCCAGCCUCAUCCGAAAUGUUUGGAAGGAACCCGAGUGGACCUUCUCCAAUUCAUCCACGGAUUAUUGGACAAGCAAGAGAAGAGUCAAAUUGUUUGGCUGCAUGGC